AAUUCUAUAUAACUUGUUUUAAACACUCCAAAAUUAACCAUGGCAGAUGCCAAAGUAAAGUUGAAGCUUCUUGUUGACAAAGAAGCUAAAAUAGUCCUAUUUGCUGAAGCAGGCAAAGAGUUUGCAGAUUUUCUCUUCUACCUACUUUCUUUGCCUGCUGGCACUAUUGUCAGGCUCUUAGAAAAGAAAAACAUGGUGGGUUGUUUAGGUAAUCUUUAUGAGAGUAUUGAACAUCUCAACGAAAUAUAUAUUCAGCCAAACCAAAACAAGAGCUCUCUUCUCAAUCCCAAAUCUCCAGUCUAUUCUACUGAUAUGCCCCUUUUGUUGUCUGAUCAUGAAUUGAAAACUCGAAGUGUUUACAUGUGCCCAUACAAGCAUUCGAAUGUGGCUGAAAUUCCAAACGUGGUUUGUCCGCAGUCCCACCAGAAAAUGACCACUGAGGUUCCUUAUGUAAACGCUAGUAGUAAUCCAGCGGGCAAAAGCACCACCGUUGCAGCUGAGAGAGGGUUCGUUAAAGCGGUAGUGACAUAUACGGUAAUGGAUAACUUGGAGCUGAAGCCAAUGUCUACUAUUUCUAGCAUCACCAUGCUAAACAGGUUUCAUGUUAAGGAUGUGCGUUCACUUGAAGAGAAGGUUGUUGAUUUUGGCGUUGAAGAGGGUCUGAAGCUGCUGAAGGCUUCUUUGGAAUGCAAGAAUGUAUUAACAAGUAUUUUCCUUGGAAAUAAUGGGCCACAAAAAUGAAGCUGUACCUGAAUUUCAUUAUCAGCUGCUGGGACUUGAAACUUAUCUUCUGGACAUGUUAAUUCGUUUUGUCUUUUCAAGCGUUUCAGAUAUUAAUUAAGCAAUAAGAUUAGUGUGUUUAAUUUAGCAUGAAGUUUUUUCUAUAAUAUAAUUAAAUUUGGAUAUUAAUUUAUAUCACAACAUGGCAAAUGGCAGGAUAAUUUGAAAUUGAAUGAAUCCUGGUCAAUAAAAAACCAAGAUGAAUGUUCAACGUAGCUCGGAACAUUGAAAUUGUAUAAAGUAGUUAUGAAAUUCUGGAUCUAAUCUAACUACGGAUGCUAAUUUUUAUAUAUCCGAUAACUCUUGGAGUGGACAGGACAAUGUACAGAAAUGGCGUUACAACAUACAGUGAGUUUCAAGUGUUCAUAAUAUCCACCUUUAAUGGAAAAUGGAUUCAAAACUUCUCUUUCAUUUGCAGUUUACUGGUCUUAUAUCUAACUAUCUUAAAUUGCAUAUAAGGGUGUGUUAUUUGUUUUCUACAAUUCAUAUGGAUGAUGGCCCAUUUAUGGAUCCUGAAGAAAGACUUGAAUGGAGGAGAAAGAUCAGAGAAGUGAUUGAUCGGUGUCCUGAUGUUAAGGAGGAGAUAGAGCCUAUUGAAAGGAAGAAGAAGAUGAAGAAACCGCGGCAGAUUACCCACUUGUUAUGGAGGAGGAUGAUCCUGGUUGGCCUGAAGAUGCUGAUGGAUGGGGUUUCAGUCUGGGUCAAUUUUCCGACGAGAUUACUAUCAAGAAUGUGAAGAAUGAUCCAGUCAACGAUCCAGUCAAUUGUCUCACGGCUGCCGUUUCAACAACCGAGAAACGGUCGUUCCUCUCAAAAGCUACCUGGGUUCCAAUUGCAAAGCCUAAAACUCAGUGAAACAAGUCACUGAAAAAAAGCCUUGACCCAGAAAGCCACAAGGAGAAAAAAAAAUGAAGAGAAGUGAAACCUGGGAGAGAAGCAGAGUGUGGGAAGGAAAUUGAAGAGUGUUUUGAGGAACACCCAUGAAGGUAUUGAGGAGAUGAAGCCAAAGAGGGAGAGUGGUGGAUUGAAGUCUUGAGAUUUAAAGCCAUUUUUGUUGAAGUUUGGGAGGGAGAGGCUGAUGAGUUUGAUGAAGUUUUGAUUUUUGAGUACAAUUGAAUUGAUAAUACCUGGGUGAAAUACAAAAGGAAAUUAGUAGGGUUUAAAUAUAGGCUUAGAUUAGGGAAAUUUCAAAUGAAGAAACUUUGAGGGGGUUAACUGAUCUUUUCAAUUUCUUAAAUUAUAUGGAGCCCUCCACAGUUCUUAUAUUUGUGAAAUUUUUGUGAUAUUUCUUAAUAGAAAAAUGCUAUCUUUACU